UCUUGAAGUAUUAUGGCUGAAAGGUGGAGCAAUGGACACUCCUCUUCAAUAUUAUGUUUGAAUGUGAGUAAAGACGGUCUGGUGGCUUCAGGAGCAGAAGGAGGAAAACUGACCAUCUGGAGUGAGGAAGGGAGUCGAAUAGAACAGACGUGGCUCCAGAAAGCAGAUGAUGUUACUUGUGUCGUGUUCUCUCCUAUCUGUCCUAGCCGACUGUAUACUUCUCAUGGCGAAACAGUUAGUGUGCUGGAUAUCAGGUGUCUCAAGGAGCCAGUUGAAUGUUUUCAUGUGAAUGAGGAGGAGAUCAAUUAUCUUUCAGUAAAUGAAACAGACAGUCUUUUAGCUGUUGCAGAUGAUUCUGGAGCCAUAAAGAUAAUUGACUUGGAAAGCAAGAAGUUAAGCCGCUGCCUGAGUAGACACUCAAAUAUUUGUACCUCUGCUGUGUUUCGGCCCCGAAGACCUCAGUGUCUUGUUUCGUGUGGUCUGGAUAUGAAGGUUAUGCUGUGGAACCUGCAGAAAACUCGCCCCCUGUGGAUCAAAAACUUACAGGAGGAGGAAACAGAGGAUCAGUCAGGUGGCCAACUUUUUAACCCUCCCCUGGUCCAUUCCCUGUCUGUUUCAACAUGUGGUAAUGUUUUUGGCUGUGGCGCUGAAGAUGGCAAAAUCAGAAUCUUCCGGGUCAUAGGUACCAAGUUUGAACAAGAGAUGGCAUUUAAGGGGCACUCCUUAGGGGUGUCACAAGUUUGCUUUCUACCAGAAGUUGAAGCUUAUUGGUUGGUGACAGGAGGAAAUGAUGGCAAAGUGUUGCUGUGGAAUGUCAGCAAUAACCUAGGCAAACAGAAGAGUCCAGUAAAAACCAUUCACAGACGGAAGAUCAGAGUGCCCAACUCGACCAAAAAAGCUGACAAAGUUAAUGCAGAGUUUACUAGUGAGAGUGUACCGAUUUCACCAAAAUUGACCAUUGAACAUGGAGAAAAGGUGAACUGGAUUUCUUAUGUGGAUAUUAAAGGCUCCAGGAAAGUAAUUGUUGCUGAUCAGACUAGCAGUAUAUCUGUCUAUCCUAUUGCUGAACCUUAGAUGUGACUGUCAGGUUGCACUAAACUGUU